GGCCAGUCAGGCCAACUGGGCCCGCGAAGCCCUCGGCGGCACCUGCUCUUCACUAACAGUCAUAUCUGUUCAACACUUGCCCUGGGCCGGUGAUAAUGAUGACCAGAUUUCUCCAGCGCCAGGAUGCUGGGCAUGUGUGGCAUGCAGCCCUGCCACCAGGAGGCCCUGAAGAAGAACCGAGUGGCGCUUGCCAAGCAGCUGAUGCUGAGCGAGCUGUUGGAGCACCUGCUGGAGAAGGAUGUCAUCACCAUGGAGAUGAGGGAGCUCAUCCAGGCCAAAGCGGGGAGCUUCAGCCAGAACGUGGAGUUUCUCAACCUGCUGCCCAAACGGGGCCCCAAGGCCUUCGAUGCUUUCUGUGCGGCCCUGCGGGAGACGAAGCAGGGACACCUGCAGGACCUGCUGUAUAGAACCCUUUCCAACCUGUCUCCCCCGUCUACGGCGUUGGGCUGUGACUACGACUCAAGUCUCCCAUUUCCAACCCACGAGUCGGGCCUCACCCUCAAAAAGCCGCGCCUCUCUGAAGAGGAAAUGGAGCACUCCCUGGAUAAUGGGGACGGGCCGCCCUGCCCCCAGGUGAAGCCUUGUACACCGGAGUUCUACCGCGUACACCACCACCUGGCCUACAGGUUAGAAUCCCGACCCCGAGGCCUGGCCCUGGUGCUCAGCAACAUGCGCUUCAACGGGGAGAAAGACCUGGAGUUCCGCUCAGGCGGGGACGUGGACCACAACGCUCUGAUCACCCUCUUCAAGCACCUGGACUACAGCGUUGAAUUCCUGCGAGAUCAGACUGCCCAGGAGAUGCAGGAGAAACUCCACAACUUUGCCCAGUCGCCACGUCACAGGUUCACAGACUCGUGCGUCGUGGCCCUUCUCUCCCACGGCGUGGAGGGCGGCAUCUACGGCGUGGACGGCAAACUGCUCCAGUUGCAGGAGGUUUUCCGGCUCUUUGACAACGCCAACUGUCCCAGCCUGCAGAACAAGCCCAAGAUGUUCUUCAUCCAGGCCUGCCGCGGAGAUGAGACGGACCGUGGGGUAGACCAACGGGAUGGGAAGGAGCGGGCGGCCUCCCCUGGCUGCGAGGAGAGUGAUGCCGGCAAGGAGGAAAUGCUGAAAGUGCGGCUGCCCACACGCUCCGACAUGAUCUGUGGCUACGCCUGCCUCAAAGGCACAGCCGCCAUGCGCAAUACCAAGCGGGGAUCCUGGUACAUCGAGGCCCUCACCCAAGUGUUCGCCGAGAGCGCCCGGGACAUGCAUGUGGCCGACAUGCUGGUCAAGGUCAACGCCCUCAUCAAGGAGCGGGAGGGCUACGCCCCAGGCACCGAGUUUCACCGCUGCAAAGAAAUGUCCGAGUACUGCAGUACUCUGUGCCGUCACCUCUACCUGUUCCCGGGCCGCUGAGCCCGCGUCACCAGCCCCCUCCCUGGGCCUCCCCGGCCGAACCCCGCGGCCUGGGCGGACGUGCCGGUUCCUUCUCCCCCAAGGUGCCCGCCCCGUCUCGUCGUCGCUCCCCGUCCAUCUUACCCAUUGGCUCAGGGACACGGGGGGGUCGUCGCUCCUCUCCACCCCAGGCUCAAGCUCUGGGAACGUCUCACUCCUGGACCUGUCUUCUCCCCAAGGCUGGGGGUUCCCCUUCCUGGACUUGGAGCACACCACUGGGAUGACCGCACCGGCUGCCACUCUGCUGGCAGCGUCCCAGCGCCGCUGCUGAGGAGCGGCGGCGGAAUGGACAGUUUCCGGGUCCCCGAGCCGAGCCCUGGGGGCCUUCAUCCCGCUGCGAGCGGGCGGUGCUACGGACACAACCCUGCAGUGCCGGGAGGCGGGCUCUGACGGGUAGAAUCCUCAAACGUCGCUGCCCGAGCCCUACUUCAGGAGAGGGUUCCGGGGGUGCUCCUCCGAGUAGCACGGCUCGUCACGCUUGGGGCCCUGGGACAUCGCUUUUACACCUUGAUGCCCAUCCCCGCCUCCCCUCUUAUCAGCCCAUGGCUCCUUCACCCUGCCAAAAUGGUGUGGUGUGGAGCGGGCCUGUGGGGAAUUUGGACUUGACCAAGGGCAGAAUGAGGAUGUGAGAGUGUGUUGGUGUGUAUGAAGGUGAGAGAGUGUGUGUGUGUGUGUGUUUGCGUGCGUGCAUGCAUCCUAUGCAUCCCCUCCUCCAGUACUGUAAGACUGCCUUGCUGGAACAAGACCCUGGGAGCCAGCCCGCCUUGCCCCGCUCACCCUCACUCCCGUAGCCCAAAGCUCCACAGGGUCACCGCCCGGGCCCCCAGGGUGAGGAGACCCUGUUGGCCCCAAUCUAGGAAUCGCAGGGCAGUUGUUUAGGAAGCCUUUGGGCAGGGGAUCUGGACCCCAAGGAAAUAACCCAAGUUUUGUAAAUCCUUUUGUUUGAUCUAUCUGUUAAAGGCGUUGUGCGGGGAAAGCUGAGGGAUGGGGCGGAGGGUGGCCCUCGGGAGGGAUCCGUUCCCCGCUUUCAGUGUGGUGAAAACAUCCAGGCCGGGCACCGGGGCCCGAGCCCCCCAGCUUCCCAAUGCAGGGCUUUGUACUGCCGUCAGGUGCCAUAAUAAAAAACAUCUUUGUUGUGGAGUC